AGAUUUCUCGAUCGGAUCGACAUUUCUUGUUUAUCGUUUCGAUGGGAGCUAUCGCAGAGGAGGCCAAGGAGCAAACCUUCUGGACGCGAAUUACUGACAAUCCUCCCGAUUCUCAGACAAGAGUGCGUUUCCUACUUGAUGAGAUUGCGCUUCUACAGUCACGGUUCGAAAUCAAAGAUCACUACGAAAGUAAGCUAGACAGAGAUCAGCGAAAAAGUAGCGGGGAUGGAUUGGAAAGUAAAGUCGGAGAAGAAAUCGAGUUGGUUCCUCUUCAGAUUGAUCAAGUGAAAGAUGACGCGGCCGUGGCAGCGCCGGCGUUAGUUGACGAGCAGCGAGAGUCUCAGGAAGAAAUCGAAAAUCAAGAAUGUGAAGACAUCCUAGUCCAGGCUUUGGAAGAGAAAGCUCGAACUUUGCUCGAAGAGAGGGCCUGGUUCUUCGAGAAGGCGGAGAAAGAGCUAAGGAUCGGAAAAGUGGAGCAGUCGGACCUUGCAACGCUGUUACAACUUGAGAAGGCCAAGUUACAAAGACACAGAAGCGAGCUUGUGGCCCUCGGGAAGAAAAUUGUUUAUAGCACUGUUGGAGCGGCUGAACUGGCACAGGAUAUUGUUGGAAAGUUGGAAAGCUUACUCAAUGAACGUCAAAGCCUUCACUUGAAAUUUGAGGUGCAAGUGGAGCUGGGGCAUUUCUUCAGACUUUUGAAGCUGCUGGAACUUCAGAAGGCCAAGCAUGACAUUUCGAGGAAAGCGAUUGAAAACAGUGUGCAAGAUUUUAAAGCCCAGGUAGAACAAGCCAGGAGCCAGCGGCAAACGGGGGUCCCAGGGACACGUUUAGAGAUCAGCGAGCAGACACCUGAAAAAGACGGAGGAAGUGAGCCAACAGAAGCUCUAAAGGAAACGAUUCUUGAUUUUCCUGAAGACAGCAAGGCUUCUUCUUCUUCUUCUUCGACUGAUGCCACACAUUCAGAUGGAAACAAGGAGAAAUGGUGGAAACUCAAGAAAGAGACCAAGUCGGAAGUUUUGAAGUUGGUAGCCGCCCAAGAACAACGGUGGAAAACGCAACAAGCCGUUCUCAAAGAAAUGGAACGGAGGCUGGAGGUCACCGAGCUGGAAAGCCAACGGCUUCGUAACAGGUUGGAAGAAGCGGAUUGCGGCGGUGGUUGUAGAACGGAGACUGAAACUUUUUCUUGGACAGCAAGUCUUCCGCAGGGCUAUUCCAGCAUUUAUUUUUCUCCUAUUUUUCAAGAGCGAAAGCCGAGCAUGAAACCUCCAAAAGAUGAAAAGGAUGCUGAAAUUUUCAGAUUGAAGACGGAAAUCGGUGAACUGAAGUCGCGUCUUAAUCAGAAGCAAGGCGAGGACGACAAGUUUCUGGACAGAAUUCAAGUUCCUUCGGAGGAAAAAACCAUUUCCAUUGACGCGACUUCCAAUAAAACCGAGCUUAACAAAAGGUUGUUUAAAGUAUUUGGAGGUUUUCAGACAGAUGUAUCUCGAUUGUCAUCUAGCGAAGAUGAUAAGCACUCAAGCAUUGACUUUGGAGAGGAUUUGUCGAAAAACUCGAGUGUAGCUCCCUCUCAAAACGAUGAACUGGAAGCUGACAUCCAGGCGAUGAAGGCAAAACGGUCUCGCGCUGCUGACGAGCAUGCUCAGCAGUUGGACUUAAAAGAAAAAACUUUAGCCUACGCGCAGGAAUUAAACAUGCGUUUGGCCAAUGACAUGUCCACUGCGGAGAAUGCUUUGGCAGACCUACGAGCAGAACAUACUGGCUUGAGAGCCUCAUUCGAAGCGAAGUUGAAAAACUCGAGGAACGAAGCAGAGGAGCUAGCCAAAGGGCUAAGAAUGAACAUCAAGGCUCUAGAAAAGGAGCUGGCCGAUAAAGAUUGUCUUCUAAGCGACUGGAAGAGCAGGGUGGAAGCAUGCCAGAAGGAAACCGACGCUGCUGUUUUCGAGAAAAACGAGGUCCUCACAAGGCUACAGCGUGUUAUGAGCGAAAUGGAGAGUCAGAGCGUAAAGAUCACAAAACUGGAAGCUCGUGAGCUUUAUCAGGAGCAGCUCUCGUCCGAUCUUCAAGCGGCGAGAAAUAAACUCAAUAUCGAAGCUGUCGAGCACGAAGCACUUGGACAGCGUUACAGCCAGCUCCAAUCCAGGCUGCUAGAGACGGAGUACCAACUUUCGCAGCGAGAGGAAGCUUUGGAACGAUUGACGCUGCACUUGGCAGCGUCAGCGAUACAAGAGCAGCGCCAGAGGCUCGAGGAGAGCAGCCGUGAGUCCCUGAGGAGCAAGCAUCGAAAGAAAGAGCGCGCGAGGAAAUCCAUCCUGGAAGCCGAAGAGAAAAUUGCAAGCAUGGUUGCAGAGAUGUCUCGAGCCAAGCUCGAGAUGGAAGAACUCAAGUCGCAGAGUUUCCAGCUGCUGUCUACGAGAACAGGCAAAUAUUACUAAUACAAACCUGUAAAAACUUUAAGCCUAAA